UUAUGGGAAUCUUUUGUGUUCAAAUUGGCAGUUUGUAAUCUGGGAGGUUCAUUGGAUACGAAGAUAACCCUAUGCUACAUCUUUUUUGGCCUUCAAUUCCAUGAAAUUCCAACUCACUUUUUGUCCAAGAUAGAGGAAGAGGUGCCUGAUACUGCAAUUUUAAGGGAUUCUUCUGGUCGCUCCUGGUCUGUUAAAGUGCGUCAAGAAAGAAAUGGCAUCGUUCUUGCAGAUGGGUGGGAAAAUUUCUCUGUGCAUCAUUCUUUAGUGCCAUCAGCGAGCUUUUUACUCUUUAGAUAUUGUGGAAAUUGGUGUUUUGAAGUAGAUAUCUUUGCUUGUUCUGGAUUGGAGAAGGAAAUAGUGGAUGCUAGUGGAAACAGUGAAGCUAGCCCUUCUGGUGUGAAAAGUAAGAAAGAUGGACGAGGUAAAAGAACAGUUCGUUCUGUGAAAGACAACUUGCCAAAAUCUUAUGUUCCUGGUCCACGUAGCUUAAGUCUUAAAAAUAAAAAAGACAGACGAGGCAAAAGAAGUGUUGGUUCUGCAAAAGACCACCUGCCAAAAUAUUGUGUUUCUGGUCCAGACAUCUUUGGUGAUUCUGGACUGGAGAAGGAGAUAGUCAGUGCUGGAGGAAACAACGAAGCUGGCUCUUCUGGUGUAAAAAAUAAGAAGGGUGGACGAGGUACAAGAAGUGUUGGUUCCGUGAAAGACCACCUGCCAAAAUCUUGUGUUCCUGGUCCACUUAGCUUAGAUCUUAAAAAUAAAAAAGACAGACGAGGUAAAAGAAGUGUCGGUUCUGCAAAAGACCACCUGCCAAAAUAUUGUGUUUCUGGUCCAGUAGACUUCUUUGGUGAUUCUGGACUGGAGAAGGAGAUAGUCAGUGCUGGAGGAAACAACAAAGCUGGCCCUUCUGGUGUAAAAAAUAAAAAGGGUGGAGGAGGUACAAGAAGCGUUGGUUCCAUGAAAGAACACCUGCCAAAAUCUCGUGUUCCUGGUCCAGGGGUGCCAUACAGAACUAGAAUUGCCUGGAACCCAGAGCGUCUUGGUCUUUACCUAGACUCAUGUUUAGAAGAAGCAGCUAAGGGGCGCCGUCGGUCAGGCAAUUUAACACCAGAAUCAUGGCAAAAGGUUCAGUCAGUUUUCAAAGAGAAAACAAAUAUUGAUUUGACACCGACGCAGUUAUCAAACUUUUGGAGCGUUUUAAGGAAGAGAUAUAUGGUCUGGUCAAAGAUCAUAGCAGAGGCUGGAAAUGGUGGGUAUGAUCCAGUAGCCAAUAAGAUCAAUUGGAAUCAGAAGCAGUGGGAGGAGUAUAUAAAGGUGAAUCCAGUUGCAAAGCGCUUCCGAAAGAAGAAGUUGGAAUAUCCUGAGAAGAUGAAGCUAUUAUUUGGUUGCUACACAGCAGUACAUGAAGAUGGUGGGGUUUCAUCUGAUGAAAUGUACUACAGCAGCAUUUGAAGGUUGUUCACAUGUGCAGACUUUGGAAAUGAAUAUCCUGGUAAACUAUUUUCAGGAACUGGCAUAUUGAAACCAGACUUUUGAAAGCUUGAAAAAUGAGCAGUUAUUGGAGGUUGAAUAAAGAAUCCAUGGAAGAACGUUAGGUCUGUUUUGAAAUCAAUAGGCUUUGAAACUGUUAAAAUUAAAGCAUCUUCGUAGCUAUAUUGUUUGAUGAUUUUGAUAUUUGAUAUUAUAUUUUCCUUUUCUCAUGA